AUGGCCUACUACAGCAAGUGCAUUGCCAUAGCCAUCCAGCAUCUGAGCCGGUUCAAGCCCGAGAGGGACCACCCUGAGCAGUUCCUAGAGACCGUGUCUGCCUCGUUGCAGGCUGCCAGCCCCCAGAAGCAGGCCUUCAUCCUGGAGCUCCUGUCCGGGUGUCUGGAGUACCACAAGCUGCUGGACAUCGUAGUGGACGCCUUCUACGCGCGAGAUGGCCGGCUGUGCCUGUGGGCAGACUAUAGCCUCUUUGAGGUGACUUGCUACCUGGCCACUUUCCAGCUGGAUGAGCUCGGCUUCCCUCUCUUCUGUGACAUCAUGAGGUCCCUGCCCAUGGACAAGAUGUGCAAGUUCCUCCGGUUCUUCUUCAACCCCGUGAACCUGUGUUCCUGGAUCAAGGACGAGUGGAGCCUCAUCCAUGAGGCUACCUACGUGAAGGAGAACUGGCUGGAACCCCUGAUGAGAUGGCAGCCCAAGGUCCAGGAGCUGAUCAGCCAGCUGGAGGGUGCCUCGGCACACCAGAUCCCUCCCUUCAAGUGCAAGAGUAAAGUCACGAAGCCCAAGGAGUUCCGCCUGACGGCCCCCAGGCCCCGCAGCAUCCCCAUGCCAGAGCCAGUCCCCACCAUGGCCAUGAUGAAAGCGGUGCCCCGGAGCACCUACCAGGUACCCAAGCAGCAGCAGCAGCUGGAGAUGAUCAGGAGAGACAACCGUCGCCGGGCGGAGGAGCUGCUGCUAAAGGCCAACGUGGAGGAGCUGCGCUGCGCCAUGCCCAGGCCCCGCCUGGAGAAGCCUGCCGAGGACCCCAAGAAACAGCUGCAACCUCAACUCCUCUCCCGAAUCCGAAAGACCCCAAAGCUGACCUUCUAUAGGCAAGAUAACGUCCCGGUGAAGCUGAACACAGCGGCCAUCCUGCGGGAAGGGGCCUUGUAUCAGCAGCAGGUGGAGCAGGAGCUGCAGAGGGUCGACCGGCUUGUGGAUGGGGCCGGAGACUUCUCUGAGUUCCUGGAGUGGCAGAAGAGGAUGCAGGCCCAGGACCGGGAGGAGCAGCUGGCAGCUGAAGAGUGCCGGCGGCUGCAGGGCAAGCUCAGCCACCAGGAGGCCAUCCUGGCCCGGCAUCGCCUGGCACAGGAGAACAAGCAGAAAGCGGACCAGAAGAAGGAGGAGACAGCCGAGCUGAUGCUGCAGCGAGCACAGCGGCAUCUCCGGGAGGACCGGUCCUGCAGGGAGCUCGUGGAGCAGGUGAUGGAGGCACAGAGGAAUGUCAAGGUGGCCCAGAUGAAACUCCUCCAGGACCGCCGGGAGACAGUUCAGGAAGUGAUGGAGCAGAGCCGGGAGCUGCUGCAGCGCACGGCAGAGGCGGCCCGGGAGGAGCAGCAGCGACGCUGGGUGCUCACCUCCCAGCUGCGGGCGCUGGAGAAGCAGCCCACGCGCAAGGGCAAGCUGGUGGACCUGACCCAGAUCCCGGGCUAUGGUCUGGAAGGGGAGAUGUCGGUGGUGGAGCUGCGGGAGCGGCUGGCCCUGCUCAAAGAAAGCCAGCGGCGCGAGGAGGAGGAGAAGCGGGACCAGAUCAUCCAGGGCAAGCGUGCCAAGAGUCAGGAGCUGCGCAACACCGUGGAGCAGAUCGCCCUGUGCCGUGCUGCCAUGGGACGGACCGCGGCCCUGAGGUGGGAGGAGAAGAAAGCCCGAGCCACGGCCCCAAGGCCCCUGUGCAAGGACGAUCGCGUGCUGGAGCUGCGUCGCAGGGUGCAGGAACGAGCGGCGGAGCGCUGCAGGCAGGAGGCCCAGCUGCGCGUGGCUGCGCCCAGAGCAGCGCGCCGCAAGGCAGGGGCCCUGGCCGAGGCGCAGCACUGGCAGGAUCUGCAGCGGAGCCGCGAGCGCAAACUGCUGGCGCUGCAGCGGGGGCCCUCGACCCCGGGGCUGGCGGGGCCCGUGCGUGGCCUCGAGGCCGCCUGA